GGCCCCCGCGCGCGCCCCGGCCUCCGGGAGACUGGCGCAUGCCACGGAGCGCCCCUCGGGCCGCCGCCGCUCCUGCCAGGGCCCCUGCUGUUGCUGCUGUCGCCUGCGCCUGCUGCCCCAACUCGGCACCCGACUUCUUCAUGGUGUGCGGAGGUCAUGUUCGCUCCUUAGCCGGCAAACGACUUUUCUCCUCGCCUCCUCGCCCCGCAUGUUCAGGACCAAACGAUCUGCGCUCGUCCGGCGUCUCUGGAGGAGCCGUGCGCCCGGCGGCGAGGACGAGGAGGAGGGCGCGGGGGGCGGCGGCGGAGGAGGCGAGCUGCGGGGAGAAGGGGCGACGGACGGACGGGCAUAUGGGGCCGGUGGCGGCGGCGUGGGCAGGGCUGGCUGUUGCCUGGGCAAGGCGGUCCGAGGUGCCAAAGGUCACCACCACCCCCACCCCCCAACCUCGGGCGCCGGGGCGGCCGGGGGCGCCGAGGCGGAUUUGAAGGCGCUCACGCACUCGGUGCUCAAGAAACUGAAGGAGCGGCAGCUGGAGCUGCUGCUCCAGGCCGUGGAGUCCCGCGGCGGUACGCGCACCGCGUGCCUCCUGCUGCCCGGCCGCCUGGACUGCAGGCUGGGCCCGGGGGCUCCCGCCAGCGCGCAGCCCGCGCAACCGCCCUCGCCCUAUUCGCUCCCCCUCCUGCUGUGCAAAGUGUUCAGGUGGCCGGAUCUCAGGCAUUCCUCCGAAGUUAAGAGGCUGUGUUGCUGUGAAUCUUACGGGAAGAUCAACCCCGAGCUGGUGUGCUGCAACCCCCAUCACCUUAGCCGACUCUGCGAACUAGAGUCUCCCCCUCCUCCUUACUCCAGAUACCCGAUGGAUUUUCUCAAACCAACUGCAGACUGUCCAGAUGCUGUGCCUUCCUCCGCUGAAACAGGGGGAACAAAUUAUCUGGCCCCCGAGGGGCUUUCAGAUUCCCAACUUCUUCUGGAGCCUGGGGAUCGGUCACACUGGUGCGUGGUGGCAUACUGGGAGGAAAAGACGCGCGUGGGGAGGCUCUACUGUGUCCAGGAGCCCUCCCUGGACAUCUUCUAUGAUCUACCUCAGGGGAAUGGCUUUUGCCUCGGACAGCUCAAUUCAGACAACAAGAGUCAGCUGGUGCAGAAAGUUCGGAGCAAAAUCGGCUGUGGCAUCCAGCUGACUCGGGAAGUGGAUGGCGUGUGGGUAUACAACCGCAGCAGUUACCCCAUCUUCAUCAAGUCCGCCACACUGGACAACCCGGACUCCAGGACGCUGUUGGUGCACAAGGUGUUCCCCGGUUUCUCCAUCAAGGCUUUCGACUAUGAGAAGGCAUACAGCCUGCAGAGGCCCAACGACCACGAGUUCAUGCAGCAGCCAUGGACGGGCUUCACUGUGCAGAUCAGCUUCGUGAAGGGCUGGGGCCAGUGCUACACCCGCCAGUUCAUCAGCAGCUGCCCAUGCUGGCUGGAGGUCAUCUUCAACAGCCGGUAGCUGUGUGGGGACAGCCCGGAGUGUAGGGAGAGGACAGGACGGAGCGUGAGCCGAGCAGGCCACCAUUCAAACUACUUUGCUGCUAAUCUUUCCCUCCUGAGUGCUUGCUUUUCAUGCAAACUCUUUGGUCGGUUUUUUUUGUUGCUGUUGUUGGGUUUUUUUUGUUGUUGUUGUUUUUUUUUUUUUUUUUCUUUGUUCUUAUUUGUGUUCUGUUUUGUUUUGUUCUUUGAGAAAUAGCUUAUGAAAUGAAUUGUUGGUGGGGAGGUUUGAAGGGGGUGGGCGUGGUUGGCAGGACACCCAAAUAGGAAAGGGGGAAGCAAAAGUCAUCACUGCCAAACACAGUGUAUGAAAGGGGCACAGCGCCUUCCCUUAGGAUCAGCACUUCUACCUGUCAGGAAUGGAUGUGUGAGUGUGUGUCUGAGUGCGCACAUGUGUGCAUGAACAACUGAUGAGGAAAUGACAUGCUUUUUGUGUUCCUCCUGGAUGUUCCCCAGCUGAGAGGCUUGUGGUUCCAAGCUGUGUGUCUCCCGCACCCUUUGGACAUGCUCAUUGGGGCAGAAGGCAGUACCUGAGUGGGUGUUCCAGCAGCUGCCAAGGUCUGCCUCAGUCUGCCGAAGCCCCUGCCUGCCCUCCCCCUUUUAGGACACAGGCCUAUCUAUAGGCUUCUGAGAAGCCAGCCUGCUAGAGGCUGAACCAGAACCAAUUGUUUUCAUGUCUCCCUCCUGCCACCCCACUGCCAUUGUCCUCUCUCUCUCUCUCUCUCUCUCUCUCUCUCUCUCUCUCUCUCUCUCUCUGCCAUCUGCUCCUGGAUCUCUCUGAGAUGGGCUUCCCGAGGGCUGCCGGGGCAACCCAGUCACAGUAUUGCUUACUCAGUGUCCUGUCAGGCCCUUCAACCUGUCCCCUGCCUUGGUUUCAUCAAGUUUCUCCCAGACAUGGAAAGUCAGCUCAGCACCCUGCCCCCCAGCCUGUGUGCUGAGCUCUGUAGACCAGCCAGGGGCAUCCCCGGGAGGGACCUGCUCAGUGGCCCUCCUUCUUACCAAGAAGGGUGUGGUUCAUCAUAAAGAAGGUACCAUCCUAGGCUGACACCCAGCUCUUCUCUCAACUCAUACACUCGUAUGAUACUUUGACACUGUUCUUAGCUCAAUGAGCAUGUUUAGACUUUAACAUAAGCUAUUUUUCUAACUACAAAGGUUUAAAUGAACAAGAGAAGCAUUCUCAUUGGAAAUUUAGCAUUGUAGUGCUUUGAGAGAGAAAGGACUCCUUAAAAAAAUUUAUUAAAGAAAAUGUAUUUUAUGUUAUAUAUAAAUAUAUUAUUACUUGUAAAUAUAAAGACGUUUUAUAAGCAUCAUUAUUUAUGUAUUGUGCAAUGUGUAUAAACAAAAUAAAGAAAAGAUGCACUUUGCUUUAAUAUAAAUGCAAAUAACAAAUGCCAAAUUAAAAAAGAUAAACACGAGAUUGGUGUUUUUUUCUAUGGGUGUUAUCACCUAGCUGAAUGUUUUUCUAAAGGAGUUUAUGUUCCAUUAAACAAUUUUUAAAAUGUAUACUUCA